AUAAACCGGAACUUCUGAGAAAGUAAGAAAAAGCGCCUGCAUUCAAUUUGAAAAUAACGAACUGCAUCAGGUAGCAACACUGAUCUGGAGUCAGUACCCUUAACUGAUCGGUCAUGAGUUUUGCUCCAAGUCCGUUCACCCCCAUGGGCAGCCGCAGCAUUCAGGAGCAGCGGGACCGCUGGGAGAGGAAGAGGCUUCGCACAGCCCGCGAGCUAGUCCAGACCGAACAAAGAUACUGUGAACAGUUGGAUCUGGUCGUCAUGUACUUUGUGGAGAUCUUGAAGGCCAAAGGAACCCUCAGGCAGGACAUUAGUGAAAGCAUCUUCAGUUCAAUUAAAUCCAUUCAUUUAAUAAACCAGACACUACUCGCCCAUCUAGAAGAGGAGAGGUUUGGUGUCGGGUUUGAGGAGUUCUGCACUCACCUCCAGCUGUACAAUACUUAUGUUGACAACAUCCUGACGGCUAAAAAAGUUCUUAUGGUUCAGGUAAAGAAGAACAAAGCCUUCAGACGGUUUAAGAAGCUCCAGGAGUCAAGGCCUGAGUUCCAUCAGCAGAAACUAGAGGACCUGCUUCCACUCCCCCUCCAGCGCAUCCAGCAGUACAAUCAUCUCUUGAGGGACUUGACAGGGAACACCAGUCCAGACAACCCGGAGUUUCAGCAGCUUUCAAAAGCAGUGAAGGCCAUCUCAGAAGUCACCCAGCGGAUCCAGGACAACGCUCGAAGCCAUGAGAACUAUCUGCAGCUGCGCAGAGUCCAGAAACAGCUGAAGGGCCGAAAGACCAGAAUCCUGGCUCCAGGAAGGUGGUAUAUUCGGGAAGGUUGGCUGAAGACGGUGCCCCCUAAAGGCACAGAGGCCAAGCCCAAGAUGUUCUUCUUAUUUUCGGACAUCCUGCUCCAGGCCAAGCCAUGCAGUCCCAUACACCCAGUCAAUGGGGACAAGUUUGCUAGCCAGCGAGUCUACCCGUUGAAAGAGUGCACAGUGGACAAAGUCUUUGGGCACACCAAGAGCCAGGGAGGACUUAUUAGUUUGACCUUCGCCAGGGCCAAACUGCUCCUGAUGUCUGAUGAUCAGGAGGAUAUCAAUGAUUGGUACCGUAGCCUCUGCAUGGCCAUAGGGCAGCUGAAGACAAAAAAUACAGCGGUGCACAGGAGAGAAGAACUGCGCAGGAAGCCGAUCAGAUCAGAUCCAGAUAGUAAGAACAGUCCAGAACUCCAGCAAGCAUGUGGAAUUAAAAGGACCAUGAUGUUUGAUGAACAGGUUAGGGAGCACAGUGAGGUUCACAGCAGCAGUGCCAUGCCUUCAGUGGGGGAGAACAGCCACAGUGCAACCAAGAGGUUAAAGCCUAAUGAAGCUCCAUCUGCAAGACCACAGGAAUCGUCUGGAUCGAGCUGUUUGAUUCUGUGAGGACCUGGCCUGAAGACACAGGUGGAGAGGACGUCCCAAAUGUGAUCUGGGGUAGAAUGAAUGCAGUGCACAUUUACUUGUUAUAGUUGUUUAAAGCACAUAUACUUUUCGCCUUUUUAAAGGUAAAAUAUUUGUACACUGUGAUGUCUAAUUUGGGUGUAAUACUGUGCAUAAUGUGUCUGAUUUUAACUCAUUGCCACCUAACUAAUUCAUAAGUAAAUUCAAACUCACACACACACAUACAGAAAACACACAAGAAUGCGUGUUGUACCAGAUUAUUUUUAAAGUCAAUUACUUGGCCAGACUUUAUAUUAUUGAUAGCGUGGAACAAAUACAUUUUAUGGUAAUAUAAUUUGUAUCAUGAUUUAAGGUUUUGGUGCAAUAUGACUUUGACUUGCACAAGAUUUUUAACACUGGAUUUUAUACUGAAUGAAUUAUGAUGAUACUCUACAAUAUAUAAUAAAUGCAAACGAAAGCUGAAGUGCUUACUGCUCUAUGAUAUGUAUUAUAUUUUUAAUUCUUGCUUGUGUUAUACACUGUUUUCUGCCAGACUUAUUUAAUGUGUUGAAGGGGGUUUUAUUUUUACUGAAAUCUGUUACACUGGUCAAUAUUAUGUUAUUAUUGCAUAUGAAUUAAUAAAAGCCCAGUGAUUUGGUGUGAAGUUCUGUUAAAACCAUUUCUUUUGUAUGGCAACUUCAGUGUCAUGUUUGUCGAGGUGUUGACCACCUUAUUUCCUUGAAGUUUAAAUAUUUUUAACUAAUAAUGCUUGUAAAAACCAUAAAAAUUUAAUAAACGCAUUGAGCAGACUAACCUGAAAAUAA